AGUUAGUGAUUCUUGCCUUUAUACCUAACAACUAUUGUUACCAUUCUAUAAAUAGUGUAACUAUGACCCCUCUUCUCAUACAUUGGACUCUCAAUUCUCAAAUGGCUUCCAUUUUCAACCUUCUCUUCCUCACUCUCUUCUUUGCCCUAGUUUUCAAAGCUUAUGGAGAUUGUGCUUUGAGUCAAAUUGGAGUUAGACAGUACAAAACAUCAGACUAUGCACAUGGAAUGCCAGUGUUGAAGGUGAAUGUAACCAACAAUUGUGAAUGUACUCAAUCACAAGUGAAGUUCAAUUGCACUGAUUUUCAAACAUAUUUAUCAAUUGAUCCAGCAAUUUUUAGUGAUGAUUGUCUUCUCAUUCAAGGAGGACCAUUUUAUCCUUCUCAAUCUGCCAUUUUCUACUAUGCUUGGGAUCCUAAGUUUACAUUUACACCAAUUUCUUCCCAAACUUCAUGUUCUUAGGAGUUAGGAUUAUUAGUGAUUAAUAAUUUAAAAAAAAGUAGUUAUGAAUUAAUGAAAUGAAAAGCUUUACUAUGAUAAUAAUUAAUUUUCAUAAUGUUUUCUUUUA